UAUAUUGCAAAUAUAAAAUAGUUGACCAACUUAGUAUUGGUUUUUUUUAACUGGACUAUAUGGGUUCUUUAAGUUGCGGUGGUAAGCUUAAAGCAUGUCUCGAAUCUAAGAAGUUAGUCAUAGUAAUCGUAUAUGCCAGCUUAAUGGUCGACAACAUUUUGCUAACAGCCGUUGUUCCAGUUCUACCAGAAUAUUUUUCCCAAAUGCACUUUAACUUCACGAGCGGCAAAACGGAUACAAUGUCAACAGGACCUCAAACGCAUCAUGUAAUUGUAACAAAUUACACGAAGACACUAUCGCAUCAAUGUCCGCAUCGUAAAGCAGUGUCAAGCCAACAAUCAUUUUACAUGGGUAUUCUACUAUCUGCGAAGCCACUCGUACAAGUAUUGGCUAACUUUGCUGUUGGACCUAUUACCGAUAAGAUUGGAUUCGAUGUUCCACUACUUGCCGGUUAUAUUGUAAUGGCAACGUCCGCAUUAAUGUUCGAUUUCGGCAAGUCAUUCGUAUUUCUGUUGGUGGCGAGGGCCAUUCAAGGUAUUGGUUCGGCCGCUACAGCGACUGCCGGUCUAAGUUGGGUAGCUGACACAUACACAGAAAAAGUUGAACGAGGUUGGGCCAUUGGCAUGUCGUUUGGUGGUCUCGCGCUUGGUGUAUUAGUUGGACCGACGUAUGGGAGCUUGAUUUACCAAUAUGUUGGAAAGGAAUAUGUGUUUAUUAUCUUAGCCGUAAUGGCUCUAUUAUUAAUAGUUAUUCGGCUGACAACACGAAAAAUUAGAAUAUUUAGAAGGCCACCAGAUGAAAUGGGUUCAUCCAUUUUUACAUUGCUUAAAGAUCCCUAUAUUCUUCUGGUAGCUAUUUCGUUAACCGCUGGAUCAUCUUCAAUAACAGCCCUGGAGACGGCGCAACCAACAUGGAUGCUUAAAACUAUGUGCCCAACCAAGUUGGAUUUAGGGCUUUCAUUUCUUCCAAUUACUGGCAUGUACCUCAUUACAACAUACGGUAUAGCGUUGAUGGGCCACAAAGUGGCAAGGUGGAUACUUUGUUUGAUUGGGUUCUAUUUGCAAGUAGUUGGACUCGUUAUUUAUCCAUUUGUACGCACGGUACCCGAAGUAGUAGGACCUGGUUGUUUAAUUGGCAUUGGCAUUGGUUUUGUGGAUGGCUUACUUCCGGUGCUGGCUUUUUUGGUCGACACAAGACAUAAACCAAUAUACGGAAGCGUUUGUGCAAUUGCUGAUAUAUCAUUUUCGUUUUCUUACGCAUUAGGGCCUUUAAUAGCGGGAGCUGUGAUGGCCAAUGUUGGAUUUAAAUGGGUGAUGUGGGGAAUCGGCAUUAUAUUUUUUUUAUACGCUCCAAUUAUUUCCGUGCUAAGUAAAGUGACCGUUAAAGAUGAGGAAGCUACGCCACUUUUGAACGAAGUUAAAGAAAUAGAGAACACAGCCGGUCGUGGUACAGCAGACACAAAUGAUAACCACAAUUUAAGUUUACAAUAUUGA